UUCACUUCCUCUUUCGGCUCGCUCUCUUUCUCUCGUCUGUGAUCAUGGCUGCGCUCAAACAGUACCAGCCAUGUUUGCAAAUCUGAAACCCAAAGGUUAGCGAUUUAGGCGUUUAUUAUUUACAUCGCGUACACCCUCUUCACCACAUCGGUCCUCUGCCGGGGGCCACACUCCGCGUCUCCUGCGCGGUCGGCAGGCAUCAAGAUGGAAGCAAAUAACCAUUUCAACUACGGGCCUCACUCUUCUGUGUCCGCUAACUCAGGAAUGAAGCAUUCCUCAGGAGAUUCUCUCUUUACUAACGGGUCCUCCAUGAGCUUCCCCCAGCAAGGGAAAAAUCUGAAUGGCGAAAUGAAUGUGAACGGCAUCACUACUGCAGGUGGGAGCGGCCAGCCAGGCACCCUCCCUCCCUCUUCCUCUUAUCCUCAUAUGAGCAGCCAUCUCCUCCCAGGCAGCAUGGGGUUUGACUAUCUGUGGGGCCAGUCUCAGUACAACCCAGCGAUGGGGCCCGUCCCGCCCCACGGGUUGCUCCAGAAACCUGGCUCCCAGGGUGGGAUACAACCACAGCAGCCUCAGCUCCACUUCCAGGGCCAUGGACCGUACCAAGUCAACGGAAGUAUGGGACCGUCCCGGCAAUCUCCGGGCGCUGGGCUGCAGUAUUGGGGAAGGGGAAAUCCUGGGCAGCCGCAGGGGGGAUCUUCGAUGCCCAUGGGAUAUAACUCUCAAAGCAUGUAUGGGACAUUUCCCAGCCAGGGGAUCCCAGCGUCCCAGCAUCACCAGCAGCCUCCGGCCUUGCAGCACCAGUCUGCAACGGCGCAUCAUCUCCAACCCCAUUCACACCACCACCCGCCUCAACACCAGCAGCAGCAACAGCAGCAGCAGCAGCAUUAUGGUGUGAUGCCUAAUGGAAUGCCGUAUUACCAGCAUCCAUCGCACCAGUCCCAACCGCAGGCCCCAACUCAGUCUCAAGCACCGACUCAGAUGAUACCACCUGCCGCGCAGAGCUUUACGCCUCCACGAGGAAGCCCUCAGCACCAUCACAUGGCCAGUGGAGGAGGCAGAAGCAGUCCCCAUCACGUGCCGGUCCCAAUGAGGUCCCCUUCUGCUGUGCCUGAUAGCGGUUCGCCUAAGAGCAGAGAGAUGCAAGUUCCUAUGAAUGAGUCCUUCAAAGAAAUGGAUAAAGGCUUCAAUGGAGUGGAGAAAAGCUCUGUACCCCAACGUUUGCCCAAAACUGAGAGUUUUCCUGUAAAGCCCGCUGGCCCUGUUUCCCCUACCGACUAUAACCAAGGUGCGCAGCAUCCAAUCGUGGACUUGGAGAAACCAGUAAAACAACGUCAGGAGAUGGGAGCUGCCGCAAAAGAGCUUAGUUCUUCCCCCGUCUCUGGACCUCCUCCACCACUAGCUAGUCCGCCUCAGAAAACGGUCUCUGGGCUGGAUUCACAUUCUCCUUCACCUUCAGGAUUUGCUUUAUCUACAGCUUUGGGUGUCGGCGCAAAUGUGUCCAUGUCUCCUCCAUCUCCGCUUCAGACAGUCCAAGGCCAAAGACCUGGAUUCUCUGGACCUUCAUCAGCUGAAGGAACACCUGCAGGACUUGGUACACCUCCUUCAAUGUCUUCUCCUAAGAGCUCCAGAGCUCCACCUGUUGUUUCCCACAACCAGCCUGUGGUGUUUUCUUCAAAGACCUUGAUGCAUCCUCCAACGGUGCCUGCUGCACAGCCUCUGGCGGAGGCCCAGGGGUCAAAAAGUCCACAGGUCUCUCCAACACCUCUAUCUUUAGCUGCAUCUCCAUCUGUUGUCUCCGCUCCUCCUGCGUUGGCACCGCUUAAAGGACCCCAAGAGGCAUCACCUCUAACAGGUCAGAGUCCUAAACAUCCUGCUGCUUCCUCAACUCCAACAUCUGUUGCCGAUAACGUCUCUCUCCCGACAGUCUCUGCACUUCCGUCUGUGGUCGCUGGUUCUCCUCAAGUUGCCGCUUUGGCUUCAUCUGCACCACCUCCUGUUGUUAGCUAUUCUUCUCAGGCAUCUUCAGCAAGUCUCAAUGUUUCUGCUGCUCCAAAUGUAUCUCGUUCCUUCAUUGGUUCUGCAGCUCAACAUUCAGAUAUGAUGGCAAAUGUAGAUGUUUCUUCUCACAGUCCAGGGCAGAUGAGUUCUCAUGGUGUAUUACGGCACAACUUUGGGGAAUCACACUCUAGUCUGAGUCAUGAUAAACAUGAGGCCUGUGGUUCCCAGAGUAAAGUUGGAAACUUGAGCACAUCCAACAAAAUGGGCACAUCCAACAAUGAGACUCAAGCUGAGAUGCAUAAGGUGCAAAGUCAUAGUCGAAACCUUGAACCAGCUUUCAUUGUUCCAAAGGAGCCUGAAAGAGACACUACGGCCACUGGCAGAAAGGACUCUAAUGGUAUCAGAGAUCAGGCUGCCCCGAGGAAAGGAGAAAGUGAGACUUUAAAUGAUUCUUUUAGCACUGACACGUCACUGGACUAUCCGUCCUUGGCCGAGUCAACCUACCUUGAAAGCUCAAGAGCUGAGGAUGGGAGUUCAAUGAUGGACACUUUUGAUAAUUCUUAUAGUCUUUCCCAGACUGGAGACCAAUCAAAGUUUACAGAAGAAUCCAUGAUUGAUGUCUCCAGGGACUUGCAGGACACUUCUUGUGAAGAAGAAAACUUGAACAGCUCCAUGACCUCUACCAGUUCCACCGAGGAGGCGUCCCUCAAAGAUACCACGUCUCUACUGGAUGACUCUUUAAACGACACGUCACAAAACUGCUCCUCCCUGCUUUCUGCAUCGAUUAAUGCCUCUACACACUCUAUCAAAGGUGAUCAUAUUCUUGGCAAAGAGAAUGGAGCUGAUACUUCAGGAGGUGACAGAAGAUCUGCGCUCUCUGUAAUGACGGUUAAAGCGCUGCAAGCGGUCGUAAGCGGUUCUGUUGAAGGGGCGACCACACAUAUGUCUGAAGCCCACAUCGCCAUGCCAACAAAAAAGCCACGGAAGCCUAGAACCCCAAAGACGACAGUUGCUACCGCUGAGAUUGGCUCUCCUGAUUCCAAGAUCAAGAAGCGAAAGAUAACACCUGACGGCCCAAAACAAGAAAAGGUUAGGAGGAGAAAGAAAACUGACGAUAAUUCAACGACUGCAGUGAAGAAGAGGAAAAUCUCUAAAGAGGCAAAAGAACAGGACGGCGUCCCAACUGAUACCUCAGCUCCUUCAAAUGCUCAGCCUCACCUUUUAAUUGAUCCAAUGACCUUCGUCCGUGACUUAAGCCUGACCAAUAGUGAGAGCCCCAUAGUCCGGCCCAAGAAGAUCUGGAAGCGCAAGAUGAAAGAAGGCGUGAACGAGGCAAAGCCUCCCAAACCAGCCAAAGAGUUCUCCGAAGGAAAAACUGAAGAAGAUGACGAUGAUAACGGCUCCGCAGCAGGUGAUACCCCAAGGCGUCGGGUUGCAACUGAAGAGCAAGUCCAAUUUCCUUUGCAGCAUGGCUGGAGGCGAGAGAUUCGAGUCCGGAGGCUCGAGGACCGCCUGAAAGGAGAGACGUGGUACUAUAGCCCCUGCGGCCGGAGGAUGAAGCAGUUCCCUGAGGUCAUCAAGUUUCUGAAGAGGCAUCAGGAUGCUCUCCAGGGCGUUUCGAGAGAGCACUUCAGCUUCAGUCCACGCAUGCCAGUGGGUGAUUUCUAUGAGGAGCGGGAAACCCCUGAGGGUAUGAAAUGGUUCCUCCUCGCCAAUGAGGAAGUGCCCUCCAUGAUCAUGGCUAUAACAGGCAGACGUGGUCGUCCACCAAAUCCAGACAAAGAGCCUCGUUCCCGUGGCCGCCGAGCCAGAGGAGCCCCAGGUAGACGGCCAGGCCGACCUCCCAAGCCCAAGAUGGAGGAUCUGCUCAGCAAAGUGGACGCCAGGCUGCUGAAGAGACUGGAGGCAAAGGAGGAUCUCACAGAGGAAGAAAAAGAAAAACUGGUUAAGAUCAAGAAGAAAAUGAAGAGAAAGGCAAGAAUGAAAAGAAAGGAGGAUGCAAAGAAUAAAAAGAUCCGGCAGGAGAAACGGAAAGCCAAACUGGAGAAGGCCAAAGAGCAGGAACAGGAUGAUGAAGACCAGUCUCAGACUCAGAGCCAGGCAUCUGAAAGCCCUCUCUCAGCCGCAGAGGGACCCAAGAAGCCCGGCCGCAGGAAGAAGGUCGCAGCACCACCUGCAGCAGAGGCAUUGGACCUGGAGAAUACUGUGGACACUAAAAUAAUCCUGCAUGUGCGAGCAGGGUUUGGACCAGGUGUGAAGCAGCUCUUCUGGGACUGGCUUCAUCAUUCUCAUAAAUGUGUUUGUCUGAGCAGACUGAAGGCUGCGCUGAUGCGUAAGACGGGCCGUCCGGAGGAGGAGCUGUGCUUCGAGGAGCGCCGGCGCAGUGCUCGUGUGGGAGUGGCCGAGGAGGAGAGCAUCGAGGAGAGCUGCGUGCUGGAGAGAGGCAGCCGCCGCAAAGCCAAAGAGGAACCCAAACACACGGAGAUUGAGAGUCCCAAUACCUGCAGUGUUGCUGAGCUGGAGCGUCAGAUUGAUAAACUGACCAAGCGGCAAGUGUUUUUCCGCAAGAAGCUGCAGCAGUCAUCUCAUUCCAUGCGGGCAGUGUCUCUGGGGCAGGAUCGCUACCGCCGCAGGUACUUGCUGCUGCCUUAUAUGGGAUGUGUCCUCGUGGAGGGAGCAGAGGAUAUCCUGGCCUCAGAUGAAGUGACAGUCAGCGAUGAACCUGUGACUUAUGUGAAGGUCAUAACUCCAGUGAAGACUGAGGUUAAAGCUGAGCCUCCCCUCUCUCCGGCUUUCGCCGCAUCUCUCCCCACUUCUCCUCGAGCGUCCCAGCUUUCCCCCACAGAGGCGGAUCCUCUACCUGGCGAGGCCUCUCUGAUGAGCAGCCCUCGAGGACGGGGACGCCCGCGCAAGAUCAAACCCGAAGUGGAGCUCCACCUGCGAACCGCCAAGAACCGGCGGCGCCGCCGUAGCAGCAGAUCAGCAGCUGAGGAUUCGACUCUCAGCUCUCCUGUGCAGGAUCCCGCUCAGCCCGCUUUCCAGACGCCUCUCGAGCAGCCGCAGGACGCAGAGACCGAGAGCAGCGCGCCGAUCGCAGCGUCUGGAGCCGGUCAGGGCGAGGAUAACAGCCAGCCGGAGGACAGCAUGAGGGAGCAGGCAGAGAAAAGAGGCCAGUGGUUCAAUCUGCUGCCCAAGGUGCCGUGUGACGAGACCUCGAUCUCCCAGCCGUGCGAGAACACACCUGCGCCUGCUUCAUCCCCCACUGAAGACACUCCAGCACCCCUCGAUAGUGACCCGCUCGCUCCUCCUCCACCACAGCCUCCGACAGCACAGAUGCAGACGGAAGCGGCUCCUCUUCCUCUUCCUAAGGUGUGCUCCACUCCGGCUCCCAGGGCCGGUAGGAGGCGCAGGAGAAGCAGCGGGGCGUCCCGAGCUCACGCUCGCGCCAGUGCGGCGAAGAGGCGUGGCAGACCUCCCUCCAAUCUCUUCCAAGAGGUUGAACUGAAGUACUUCACUCAGCUGGUGGUGAAGCCUAUUCCGUUAGAAAUGGUGAAGGGCUGGUGGUGGAUCAAAGAACCGGAGGAGCUGACAGGCAUUCUGAGCGCCCUCCACCCUCGAGGCAUUCGUGAGAAAGUGCUCCACAAGCACCUCGCCAAACACAUGGAGUAUAUGUCUGAGGUCUGCACGCGGCCCGUCAGCGAUCCCAUCUUCCAGAUGACGGUGGAGGACGGCCAUGCCCUGCUGGAGGCGUCUAAACAGGCGUGGAGUGAGCAGGAGAGAGUCCUGCAGUUAGACAUCAAUGUGCUCCAGUGCGUGGAAGAUCUGGAGCAGAGGGUGGUCGGUGCAGACCUUCAGCUCAAGGUGGCCUUUCCCAAUGCGGAGAGUGAAAGUGAGGCUAGUCAGGAAUCAUCAAGCUCUCAAUUUCAGAUGUAUACCCCUCCCGAGGCGGACUCCACGCGGGAUGACCUGCAGUAUUACGAGCACGAGAUUGACCCCAAGGACGACUGGAUAGUCAAGACCAAGAAGGAAUGGUCCGACCUCCUGCGAGCUCCCAGCAACCCCCUGGACCUGGCCGUCCUCCGCUUGACUAAUCUGGAGCGCAACAUCGAGCGCCGUUAUCUGAAGGAGCCGCUGUGGACCCUGUCCGAGGUGGUGCGCUUGGCGCCUCUCACCCCUCCGCCCGGCGGGGAGGAGGUCCCACUAGAUGCUGUGAGCUUGGAAAGUGAGAUCACACCCAGGUUGAGGACAUGGCGGCAGGCCCUGGACCGCUGCCGCAGUGCGUCUCAACUCUCUCUCUGUCUGCUGCAGCUGGAGAAAGCCAUCGCCUGGGAAAGAUCCGUCAUCAAAGUGACGUGUCAGGUGUGCCGUAAAGGUGAUGAUGAUGAGUACCUGCUCUUGUGUGACGGCUGUGAUCGUGGCUGUCACAUGUUCUGCCUGAGGCCAAAGGUCAUGCAGGUGCCAGAAGGCGACUGGUUCUGUCCCACCUGCGUUGCCAAGGAAAGCGGUGAAUCUCCGAGAUCGCAGCGCUCAUCUCGGAAAAGAUCAAAAGUGCAGAAAAGGCGUCUUGCAGAGGAUAGUUCAGACGAGGAUGAUGGGUACAGACGAGGCAUGACCACACGACAAAAAGACACCGCAGCUUCCUCAAGUGGGACGAGCAUCUCCCCCUCCAAACGCAGACGGAUGGCCACACGAAACCAGCCUGACCUCACCUACUGCGAGAUCAUUCUGAUGGAAAUGGAGGCUCACUCAGAUGCCUGGCCUUUCCUGGAGCCGGUCAAUCCCCGCCUGGUGCCUGGCUACCGACGCAUCAUCAAAACCCCCAUGGACUUCCUCACUAUGAGGGAAAGACUUCUGCAGGGAGGGUACUGCAGCUGUGAGGAGUUUGCUGCCGACGCUCAGCUGAUCUUCAACAACUGCGAGCUCUUCAACGAGGACACGUCGGAGGUGGGCAAGGCCGGACACUCCAUGCGGCGGUUCUUCGAGAGCCGCUGGGCGGAGUUUUACGACAACAAGGACAAAUAGAGACGCUGCCCUCUGCUGCAUGGGAGGAAGCACUCGUACGCCAUGCCCCUUUGAUGCUCAGUACUACUAAAAACUCUGUCUGGAGAGCCAGCCCUCUGUAUGCAUACACGUGUAGAUAUAUGUAUAGAUUUGUUCUGUUGGUUUUACAAGUAUCUGUUUGUCCCCCUCACCCGCCUUGAUAAGCUUAAAGCAUUUCUUCAUCACCUGGUAUUACGGCGUAUAAACGUCUCCUCUUUAUUCAGCUUCGUCAGUCACUCCUUCGGAGUAGAAGUACUUCUUCAGGACUUGAUCGGGUCACACUUGAUGUCACGUGUCGCAGACACACCUCUAUCAGGACGUUCUCACUCUUUCAACCAUUUUACUCGAAGCCGUCUGCUCCAUAAUGUAUAGGCCGUGGACCACCCGUGUCCCCUUGAUUGAAAAUGUAACGUGCUUUCGAGACUAGAAGCAAUUUCCUCAGUAUAUUUUUAUUAUAUGCUAUAUAUACACUUAAAGACAGAAAAAAAAGUAGUCGGGAUUAUUUAAUAGCAAUAGACUGUAGUGAAUCUGUACAGACCACGUCGUAGAGAGAUGUAUAGGUGACUCAUGAAAUGGCCAGUAAACAUACUAUAUCACGUGUAACUCGCGUCUUUUGCUUGUAGAGUAUUGGUCUUAUAAACUGGAGGAUUGACAUCUUUUACUAGGGUAUUUUUUCUGUCACGCCCCCCCAAACCCAGAAAGAAAUCAGUGUUUGUUCAUAUGGAAAUCUGACAUAAAGCCAACAGCAGAACUGAUGCAACGAAAGGCCGGUUUUAACUUUCUUGUUUUUAAGCUCUGCUAGCUAGAUAGCCGUUUUCAAAGCUUUUGCUUGGUGUAUGACUAUUGUCUGUGGGGAAAAAAAACUUUAGACUGUAUUGAUAUUGGUUUAUAUGGAAAGGAUAUGUACGUACUUACGGCAGUAUAGUUUUGUUUAGCAAUACUUAUUUUUCAUCGGAACAAUAUCUUCGCUGUCUCUUCAGUAUGAUUGAUCUGGUUUGAUCUUGGUUUUCAUGAACAUGGCAGUUUGUUGGGUUUCUGAAACCGCCACAUCCUCAGAUGUUUAGACUGUUUUAUGUGUUUUAAUGAUGUGUGUGUGUUUGAACCUGGACCAACUCCCUUAAAAAUGACUUUUGUUCUUUUUUUUUUUUUUUUACACUAGUCUUUUGACUAACCAUG